UGUUAUUGUUGUUGUUGUUGUGGCUAAAUGUGAUGCUGCUGCCCUCUGUGUCCGGAUCCCAUGAAAUCGCGUUCAUCAUCACAGACAUGGCCUUCCGACGGUCAUUGUGUCUGUUCAACUGAAGCUUUAUGAUUCCGCUCGAGAUGCCGCAGAAGACGCUGGGCUCCGUGGUGGGGCUCCUCUGCUCAGGGGCGUGUUUGGUUGAGGGGAAGCGGUUUUGUUUCGGUGUCAACAAUGAACAGUACAGAUGUGAGAUGGGCUACUGCUGCGGAGAGACCGAGUGCUGCACGUACUAUUACGAGCUCUGGUGGUUCUGGCUGGUCUGGACCCUCAUCAUCAUGCUGAGCUGCUGCUGUGCGUACAGACACCGGCGAGUGAAGAUGCGUCUGCAGCAGGAGCAGAGACAGAGGGAGAUCAGUCUGAUGGCGUAUCAGGGAGCCUCCAGCGCCUUCAUCACUCCUCCUCUUCCUCUUCCUCUUCCUCCUCCUCCUCUCAACCUGCGCUUCUGGACGGACUGUAAGCUGCCCGACUACGAGGAGGUGAUGGCUCACCCCCCCACGCCUCCUCCACCCUACUCUCCUCCGGAGACCCAGGAGACCCAGGAGCCCAGCGGCCGGCGCAGACACGUCACCGGAGACUCCGGCAUCGAGGUGUGUGUGUGCCAGCUGGACGAGGGCUCGGGGCCCGAGGAGGAGGCUCUGUGUCAGGGGUCCGCCAGCUGUGGUCAGGACUGAGGAGACGGACUUCUGUGUCUCUGACUGCAACCCCUCGCUUCCCUCUCACACACUGAACCAGAUACACACCACUGUUAGAGUCUCACAGCUGCCCCGAGACCACACACACACACACACACACAGUGUAGUUUGUGCUGAAUGCUAAUAGAGCAGAUAAACACACAGUCAGCUGAUUGUCUCGUGUCUCAUCGUGGCCUUAGCAGUUUCUCUCGGCUGAUGUAAAGAUGCGUGCCGUCCUGUGUGUGUGUGUGUGUGUGAGCGAGAGAGAGCAGUCACAUGACUCGCCUCUAUGAUUAGUGUUCAUUAGUGAAGCUCAGAUGUGAUCAGAUGUGUGUCGUAGAGGCUGAUCGGACCGCAGACUGAUGUCUACUGCAUCAAGGGCUAAAAUCACGAUCAGAAUGUUUCCGCUUCGGUUUCACUGAAGGACGAUGUUAUCCUCAAAACCUUUUGGACUCCAGACCAAUUUCCACAACGUUUAGACUGUGCCUUUCCCAGUGGAGAUCCAGACUAACUAACUAACUAAAUAACUAGGCUAUGCAAAAUCCCAGGACUGUUGUGAGCUGCAGUAAGGAGCAAUACUCGACUCGACCCCUGUGUAAUCAGAGCAAACACCUUCAGUUUGUUUCUCUCUUCUGUGUCCCCGAGUGAAAGUCCCAAGGU